AGGUUUUAUUCCACCUACUUGCGUAAAACCCUAAGUGAGAGAAACUGGAUUCUUCAUCUGCUGAAAGUAUCUCUCCGUCCAUCAUUUGGAGCUAGAGCAGGCCUGAUAUGACAAGAUACUUAAGUACAUAUGUGUACAAGGAAGUAUCCUAAAGCAAUGCAGUGCACAUCAUGUUGGAUCUAUCCUCAAAGGACAAAAUGCAACAUUGCGUCGAGUGAGAGGUGAGUUGGUGCAGCCAGCCGGCCGGCCGGCAAGCCGGUCCGAUCAAUAGCAUGGAAGGGACAGGACAACCGGAUUGUUUACGAUCGACUUAGAUUUUCCACAUGCCGGGUUUUCGCUCGCUCCCUCGUUCCCUUCCUCAAUUCCAGCGCUUAGUAAGCGCGCUCGAACCCCAGUCUCCGCUGGAGUACGAUCGAGGACAAACCCACAAGAGCAUGCGGAAGGCGAAGGUCAGGGUUUAGGGCUCGCAGACGGGGAGGCCGUUCCUGUACCGUCUGCACACACACACGCCGAGCGAGUCUUGCGUGCAGGACAAGGCCCAGAUUGUACAGAAAGUCCACGAGUUCGACGGAUGGUCGACGAACCCUGGAAGAAAUUCCAAAUCACAUUCUCCGCCACGCCCAAAGACAGCAUCGGGAUCUAAUUGUGCUGGUGGCAAGAUAUGAUCACCGGAUGUGGUUUCUGUGCCUGGCAAUCAUGUGCAAUAUUCCUCGUCAAUGUGAGCCUCCUGGUUCCAUGCCCUCGCGGCCUAUAUCUGCGGGCUGCGGCCGUCCGCCGAGACCGAGCGAAAUCUGUUGCAUCUUCGGGCCUCGCCGAUCGUGCGUCCACCAUCCCAAUUAUUCGUGAGUCGAUUAUUUGGCUCGGACCGUCGUCGCAGUUGGUCCCCUCGUCCACAACGUGAUUCGGUCCGAUUGUGCUUCCGUGCUUUUGUGCAACGAUUCAGAAUGGACCGCAAUAAAAGUCUCCUCGUUCAGUUUAGGCUCGGAUGAAGAAAUCAUGCUCGGUGGUGAUACGUUUUGAUGAACUCGAGGAACAAUGGAAGGAAGUUCUGGGGCGGGACGUCAUUUUCGUUUUAUCCAUUACAUUGUAUUUUCUUAAAAACUAAUGCAGCACUAGUAGUUGAGAGCAAACCCCAUCGGAUAAGUUGUUUAACAUUGGUGGUUUUACAAGGUAAACAACAAGAGG